GGUCCGCAGAUUUACACCGUGCAGACAUGUACAUGUGUAGCAAAGUUGUGCCGGUGAUCGCUGUUUACAAAUCAGUUUGCCUGUCUGCGGCCGACAUAGGAGACUGCAAACACCUCGCAUGGGAACACGGGGCUCUAUUUGAUGUCACUCUGCAUGGACGAACAAGAAUCCGACUCCAACUUUAUACGGCACGUACACCGCAUAGUACACGCCCACUCAUGCCUGUAGGGACUUUCUGUCCUGGAAAAAUGACGGUCAACAGGGCACCAGUUCUUAUAGGACAUGGAUAGAGGUUGGUUCAUAGGACACACAAGAAUUCUGCCAACAGAAUAUGAGUCCAAUUUCUGCAAUAAUACACCGACCCGACCCAGCAUGACGUUUAAACUGAGUGAUAUAGUCCAGGCCCAUAAACCCAAUGCACCAAAGAAGGCAGUUCCAAUCCGUCCUCCAAGUCCCAGAGUCCCACAGCAGAGUGGUCAAGAUUUUCAUCGCAGAUUCUCCUGUGAACCCACACCUAAACCAAUUAUCCGACAACGAUCCCGCUCUCUACCCUCAACUCCAGAGAGGAAAAAGCAAUGCCGGAAUGUGGGAGUAAGGUUUGUAGACUCCUUGGGCCUUGACCUUGAAGACAUAAGAAUGUUUAGGUCAAGAGACAAUCCAUCUAUACCCCAACAUGUUACCUUUAGAUUGUUGAUGGGGGCCGAGUUGGCAGAUGGGAAACAUCUGGAGUUAUCAUUGCCUUACAUGAAACCCUUUUUUUUGGAGCAACCUGGUGAUCAGCCAGGCUUCUUCCAGCGUCUCUGCGAGCAGAAAGUGUGUCUGGAGAGGGUUAUGUGUUUUGAAUUGGGUGUCAUUGGAAUCACCCAGGUCAUUAAUCUGGAUUUUGAGAAAGAUGUCAUCGCUCGUUAUUCAUUUACAGAGUGGAAGAGCUGCUCAGAAACUAAGGCCUCUUGGGUGUCCACCAUCACCAAAUUCUGGGCUGGAGGAGGGGAUCAACUCAGUUGUGAUUGUUUUCGUUUUCACCUGCCUGUUCCUCCAUUUCUUCAACCAGGAGCUGUAUUAGAGUUUGCCAUACAAUACAAAGUGUGUGGAAAUGAAUACUGGGACAAUAAUAAUGGGGAGAAUUAUAAAUUAGUUUGCCAUAAUUAUAAACUAACAGUGCCAAAAGAAUGUGAGAAUAGCAUGGUGCACUUUAUUUAAGAUGCAGAGUGAAGAAAGAAGAGACCUUUUAGAAGCACUUUAUAAGAUGUCCUUAUAUAACUGCAUGUCCAUAAUGCUCAACUAUUGCCAACUUUAGAGACAAUACACAUUGCCUUGAACUAUUUGAGAUUCAAGUUAAAUUGACUGAAAAGUCUAAUGUUUUGCACUGAAACACAAUGCUGACUUUGAUGUCACUGUUUGAUUUCACAGUUUUAAUGCACUUUGGUAGAAAACUAUUUUUAAAAGUUAUACUUUAAUGUGAUGACAUCCGAUAGUGAUGGCAGCCAAGAGUGUUAUAGAACUGUACUAUACAUUCAUUCAUACUGAAUCUAAAGCACUAACAGCUGUGGAUUUGAGAACACUGUGAAAUAGUCUGCUGAAACAUUUAGCUGGUUUAAAAAACAUUGUUCCAAAUCCAAUUAUGUAAAUUCUGAUCUUGUUGUGUUUUAAUAAACACAAUGGCCCAGGUCUAGUAGGGCACAUACCAAGCUUAUUGCUAGAAAUAUCAAACAUUGUAAUUCAUCUGAUCACCACACGUCAGUGCCCUUGUGCCUUUCUUUGAGACACUUCUUUGUCAUACAUACAUACAUACUUGUCAUACCCAGCUAUCUGUGGCCUUUUGGUCCUGUUGAUGCUACAGUAGUUGUCUUAAUAAACAGCUCACGUAUAAUUACCAAAUACAUCUGCACAAAUGUGUGUAUUUUUGUGCUUUUGAGUCUACUUAGACACACUAAAAAGAUUCUGGUAACUGUCUGUGUUUAUUUUAUUUUCUUGUUUGGAAAACGUUGUUUGCACCUUAUUCAAAAUAUGUUAUAGAGCUGGUUUUAAAAUUUUGCCAAAUUAGUUAGGGAAAAUACAGUAAUCACUACAGUAUUUUUAGAUUUUCAAAUAAAAAUAUCUCUUUCAUAAUAAAAAUGUAUAAAAUCUGUAUUCAUAUUUAGCACUAAUGUUGACAGUGCUGUAUGUAAACAGAAAAUAAAGCAUUUGCUACUAAA